AUGGCCAAUCUGAUGUUUGAAUAUGCAGCCGUAUUAGGCAUUGCGCAAAAGAACGGUUUAUCUCCGAGAGCAGCGAAGAUCUUAUAUCCGAGGGAUUGCUACUUGAUCAGUGCUGGAUACGAAAAUGAGCCAACAGACCGGAAGCGGAAAGUGUACCAACCUAAUUACCUAAGCUUUUCUCCCGAGGCAUUCCAUCUGGAAAAGGGUGUUAAUCUGUUAAAUAGUAACCUUCAGUCCUGGAAAUAUUUCGGACAUGUGGAUGAUAUCGUUCGCAAGGAGUUCACGUUUUUCAAGAUUCACGACACAUAUGCCCGUGACUUUCUACACACGGUCGGGGACUCGCUGAAGGGGGACAUUUUCGUCUCCAUCCACGUUCGGCGCACCGACUUCAUGGACUACCCAGAUCUCAUUAACGUGGCAACGGUGGACUAUUUUAACCGGGCAAUGAAUCUAUUCAGAGAAAAAUACUUCUCGGUGAAGUUCGUGGUCGCUAGCGAUGACAAACCCUGGUCCAGGGCCAACUUGACAAGUGACAGGGGCGACAUCUAUUUCACCGACGAUAACGCCACCAAGUGCCAGGACAUUGCCGUGUUGUCGCACUGUAAUCACUCUAUCCUGUCCGCGGGGAGCACCUUCGGCUGGUUUGGCGCCUACCGUUCUCUUGGGCAUGCCAUCUACUACAAGGGCUGGUUAAGGCACGGAGGUUGGUACAACCUGGAGCUGGUGGAGGAGGACCACUACCUGCCCUGGUGGACUGAUAUCCCGGGGUGA